AUGGUCAACUUUACCAUCGAUGAGAUCCGUGCGAUCAUGAAUCGUAAGCGGAAUAUCCGCAAUAUGUCGGUCAUUGCACAUGUAGAUCAUGGAAAAUCAACGCUGACUGACUCGUUAGUAUCUAAAGCUGGUAUUAUUGCUGGAGCGAAAGCUGGGGAAACUCGGUUUACGGAUACAAGGAAAGAUGAGCAAGAAAGAUGUAUUACAAUCAAAUCAACGGCUAUUUCCCUUUUCUUCGAGUUGGGAGAUAAAGAUAUUGACUUCAUCAAAGGAGAAAAUCAAUAUGAAAUUGACGUAGUCAAUGGUGAGAAGAAAAAGUUACACGAAUUCUUAAUUAACCUGAUUGAUUCACCGGGCCAUGUAGAUUUCUCCAGUGAAGUAACAGCUGCAUUACGGGUUACUGAUGGUGCUUUUGUUGUUGUCGAUUGUGUCUCUGGUGUUUGUGUGCAGACCGAGACUGUGUUGCGUCAGGCGAUUGCGGAACGUAUAAAACCUGUAUUGUUCAUGAAUAAAAUGGAUCGCGCACUACUAGAGCUUCAGCUUGGUCAAGAAGAAUUAUACCAAACAUUCCAGCGUAUCGUUGAAAACAUCAAUGUCAUCAUUGCUACAUAUGGCGAUGAUGAUGGUCCAAUGGGGCCUAUAAUGGUUGACCCAGCAGUUGGCAAUGUUGGUUUUGGUUCAGGAUUACACGGAUGGGCUUUUACUCUGAAGCAAUUCGCUGAAAUGUACGCUGACAAAUUCGGUGUUCAAGUAGAAAAGUUGAUGCGAAAUUUGUGGGGAGAUCGUUUUUUCAACUUAAAGACGAAGAAGUGGUCGUCACAGCAGGAUGCUGACAGUAGGCGUGGAUUUGUACAGUUUGUCCUGGAUCCUAUCUUCAAAGUAUUUGAUGCCAUAAUGAAUGUAAAGAAGGAUGAGACUGCCAAACUGCUUGAUAAGCUGGGUGUUAAGCUUGCUCCUGAUGAGAAGGAUUUGGAGGGAAAACCAUUGAUGAAGGUUAUGAUGAGGAAGUGGCUACCAGCAGGAGAUACUAUGCUUCAGAUGAUUUGUAUUCACUUACCGUCUCCAGUAACCGCUCAAAAAUACCGUAUGGAAAUGCUUUAUGAGGGUCCACUUGAUGACGAAGCGGCUGUAGCAAUCAAAAAUUGCGAUCCUAACGGGCCACUUAUGAUGUAUGUUAGUAAGAUGGUUCCGACGUCUGAUAAAGGGCGAUUCUAUGCUUUUGGCCGAGUUUUUUCGGGAAAGGUAGCUACCGGAAUGAAAGCGAGGAUUCAGGGCCCUAAUUAUACUCCUGGGAAAAAGGACGAUCUGUAUGAGAAAACUAUUCAACGCACAAUUCUUAUGAUGGGACGUACUGUUGAACCAAUUGAGGACAUACCUUCAGGAAACAUUGCUGGUCUUGUCGGAGUUGACCAGUAUCUGGUUAAGGGAGGUACAAUUACAACUUUCAAAGAUGCCCACAACAUGCGUGUUAUGAAGUUCUCAGUAUCGCCAGUCGUGCGAGUUGCUGUGGAACCAAAGAAUCCCGGUGAUUUGCCAAAAUUGGUAGAAGGUCUUAAACGUUUGGCAAAGUCAGAUCCUAUGGUGCAGUGUAUAUUUGAAGAAUCUGGUGAACAUAUUAUCGCUGGUGCUGGUGAAUUACAUUUAGAAAUUUGUUUGAAAGAUUUGGAAGAAGACCAUGCUUGCAUCCCUAUCAAAAAAUCUGAUCCUGUCGUUUCAUACAGAGAAACUGUGAGCGAGGAAUCUGAACAGCUGUGUCUUUCUAAGUCACCAAACAAGCAUAACCGUUUGUUUGCAAAAGCAGUACCUAUGCCAGAUGGGCUUGCUGAAGCUAUUGAUAAGGGUGUGAUUAACGCACGAGAUGAGCUCAAGGCACGAGCAAAAAUUAUGGCUGAGAAAUUUGAUUAUGAUGUGACGGAGGCUCGCAAGAUUUGGUGUUUUGGUCCAGACGGCACUGGUCCAAACAUAUUGGUGGAUGUGACGAAGGGCGUACAGUACUUGAACGAAAUCAAGGAUUCGGUCGUUGCUGGUUUUCAGUGGGCUACAAAAGAAGGAGUUUUGUGUGAUGAAAAUAUGAGAGGUAUUCGGUUUAAUAUCCAUGAUGUUACGCUUCAUGCCGAUGCUAUUCAUAGGGGUGGCGGACAGAUUAUUCCAACUGCUAGACGUGUAUUAUAUGCCUGUGUUUUAACCGCUCAGCCUCGCCUGUUGGAGCCAGUGUAUCUGGUGGAGAUCCAGUGCCCGGAGAGUGCAGUUGGAGGUAUUUAUGGUGUACUUAAUCGUCGUCGUGGGCAUGUGUUUGAGGAAUCACAGGUCGCGGGGACUCCCAUGUUUGUUGUUAAAGCUUAUCUUCCUGUAAAUGAGUCUUUCGGUUUCACUGCUGACCUUCGUUCAAAUACCGGAGGACAAGCUUUCCCACAGUGCGUGUUCGACCACUGGCAAAUACUUCCUGGUGAUCCAAUGGAACCUAACACGAAACCUGCCCAAGUCGUGAUGGAGACUCGUAAGCGUAAGGGCUUGAAAGACCAAGUGCCCGGUUUGGAUAAUUUCCUUGAUAGAAUGUGA